GUGCAAGAGCGCGCGCGACGCCCAGCACCUGUUCCUCGGCCACGCGCCCUGCCCGCGCGCCUCGGACCCGCGCCUGCCGUGCGCUCGGCCGUGCGCUCCCACCAUGAACCCCGCGCUGGGUAACCAGACCGACGUGGCCGGCCUGUUCCUGGCCAACAGCAGCGAGGCGCUGGAGCGCGCGGUGCGCUGCUGCACCCAGGCCUCGGUGGUGACCGACGACGGCUUCGCCGAGGGCGGCCCCGACGAGCGCAGCCUGUACAUCAUGCGGGUGGUGCAGAUCGCGGUCAUGUGCGUGCUCUCGCUCACCGUGGUCUUUGGCAUCUUCUUCCUCGGCUGCAAUCUGCUCAUCAAGUCCGAAGGCAUGAUCAACUUCCUGGUGAAGGACCGCAGACCGUCCAAAGAGGUGGAGGCGGUGGUCGUGGGGCCCUACUGA